UUCAGAUUCAGUCGGUCGUGAAACGUUAAAACGUGCGAAACGUUGUCAGCGACGUUAUCUAAAAUUCCCUGAGUUUCCGUUCUAUAAAUCUUAGCUACAAAUAAUUAACAACAGCAGCGAGAACAUUUGAGAUCAAGUGCUUGCGAGAUAAAGCUUGAACAAACGGUGCGCUCUCUAACGGUACUCCUGCUCAGAAUGGCGGCCACAAAGCAGCAAGAGGCGGAGGACAGCGAGCACAAUCCCCAAGUGGUUGUGACUCCUUCGGGAGCCGCUCACAGCGUGCGACAUGAUCGCAGCCUGUGGCGUGACUUGACCGCCUACUGGAUACUCGGUCUGUGCAAUAACUAUGGCUAUGUGGUUAUGUUGAGUGCUGCCCACGAUAUCAUAGCGCAGUUCAACGAUGAGGAGACGGAAGUUGGCGAUGAAGGUGGCAAUGGACGCGAAUGCCAUUUGGUCUCCACCGGCGCCAUUUUGCUAGCGGAUGUUCUCCCCUCAUUGUUUGUCAAGAUACUCAUGCCCUUCUUUCCCUUCUGGGUCAAUGUACGCAUUGGCUUGGCGGUUGCCUUUUCUGCAGCGGGUUUUCUGCUCGUUGGCUUUGCGAAUGCCGAGUGGAUGGCGUUGUUGGGCGUGGUCAUCACCUCAGCCAGCAGCGGCAUUGGUGAGACAACCUUUCUGGCCUAUUCCUCGCGCUUCAACAAAAAUGUCAUCUCCACUUGGUCGUCGGGCACUGGAGGAGCUGGUGUCAUUGGCUCACUGAGUUAUGCCACGCUGCGCUCUUUGGAUGUCAGUCCACGUGAUACGAUGCUCAUCAUGUUGGUCUUUCCCGCCAUUGAAGCUUUCGCUUUCUGGUUGCUUUUGCGACGUCCUCAAGUGUUGCCUGUCACCACGGUGGAAUCCACUGAAGAACUCAUCAGUGACGAUAAACCUUUGGUGGGCUUCAAGGAGAAACUGUCCUACAUCAAACAUCUGUUUGGUUACAUGCUGCCGCUGUGUCUGGUUUACUUCUUUGAGUAUUUCAUCAAUCAGGGCUUGUUCGAACUGGUUUACUUUGAGAACAUCUUCUUGGAUCGUGCUUCGCAGUAUCGCUGGUUGAACGUGGAUUAUCAGAUUGGUGUCUUCAUAUCACGCUCCUCCGUCAAUCUCUUCCAGCUGAACAAGAUCUGGCUGAUGUCAGUGUUUCAGUUUGUCAACGUCGUCUACUUCCUCACCGAGGUCAUUUGGUUCUACACGCCCAGCAUCUGGAUUGUCUUCACCAUUGUGCUGUGGGAGGGUUUGUUGGGCGGUGGCGCCUAUGUGAACACCUUCUAUCGCAUGUCCAAGGAGAUACCGCCAGGUCGUCAGCAGUUUGCAAUGGCCAUGGUGGUGCAAUCCGAUUCCUAUGGCAUCGCCCUGGCCGGUUUCCUCGCCAUUCCCGUGCACAAUGCCAUCUGUGGGCUGCCUGCCUCGGUGCGCGGCGUUGUGUGGUAA